AAGCCCAGGAAGAAAGGAGGAAACAGUGAUCUACCAUCAGCUGGUUUUAAUAUUAUCAACUCUAUCAUAGGAUCGGGCAUAAUAGGAUUGCCUUAUUCAAUGAAGCAAGCUGGCUUUCCAUUAGGAAUAUUACUUUUAUUUGGUGUUGCCUAUAUCACAGAUUAUUCCAUUAUAUUACUGAUUAAAGCAGGAAAUCUCUCUGGUAUGAACACCUAUCAAGCACUGGUACAUAAAACAUAUGGUUUUAUAGGGUACCUAAUCCUCUCUACUCUGCAAUUUUUAUAUCCAUUUAUUGCUAUGAUUAGUUACAACAUAACAACAGGAGACACUUUGACUAAAGUUUUUCAAAGAAUACCUGGAGUUGGACCAGAUAACUGGCUUAUUGACCGUCACUUUGUUAUUCUGUGUACUACUAUCAUCUUUACUCUGCCUAUAUCUCUGUAUCGUGACAUAGCAAAACUGGGAAAGAUAUCUCUUAUAUCUCUGAUAUUAACAAUUGUCAUCUUGGUCAUUGUGAUGAUACGGGCAGUUACAUUUAGUUCACAAGUACCCCAAACAGAGAAUGCUUGGGUAUUUGCAAAGUCUAAUGCAGUACAAGCCAUUGGGGUGAUGUCCUUUGCAUUCAUUUGCCACCAUAACAGCUUUUUAAUAUAUGGCUCUUUGGAAGAACCCACUCUAAGUAACUGGUCUCGCAUCACACAUGUGUCUGUCUCACUUGCUGUGUCUAUCAGCAUGAUGUUUGCUGCAUGUGGAUAUGUGACAUUUAAAGGAUACACAGAAGGGGACCUAUUUGAAAACUACUGUAGAGAUGAUGACCUUGCUACAUUUGGAAGAUUUUGUUAUGGAGUCACUGUAAUCCUAACUUUCCCAAUUGAAUGUUUUGUGACCCGAGAGGUCAUUGCUAAUGUGUUUUUCAAAGGGAAUCUAACAACAGUUUUCCACGUUGUUGUGACAAUAAUCAUUGUUGCUGUAGCCACAGGCAUCUCUUUAGUAUACGAUUGUCUUGGAAUAGUUCUAGAGCUGAAUGGCGUUCUCAGUGCUACUCCACUUAUUUUCAUCAUCCCUACAGCGUGUUAUCUGAAGCUGUCUGAAGAGCGUUGGAACCAUUCAGAUAGUCUCAUAUCCUGCCUGAUUCUCACUGUUGGUGUAUUAGUGAUGACAGUUGGCUUCGUUUUGACUAUUUUGCAUCCCCAAGAAUGUAGCCAUGGAAAAGAAAUGUUCUACUGUUUCCCUAGCAAUAACUCUCUUUACAAUAGUACACUUCCACCUUAGCCAGUAUCCUAACCAUGAGGAUAUACUACCUGUCUCCUGUGAACCCAAUGAUAAUUUAAAUAUGACAGGAACAGAGUGUUCUUACAUUU